AUGGCCAAUCCUUGUGGCCGCCUGUUGCAUCAGCGGGCCGGACAGAUGAGCGAGCGAGCGAGCGAGGCUUCGGCCUGGGGAAGAGUUCACAGGGGCGCGGGGGACAGAGUGGGCCUGGAUGAACCCCCGGACUUUGUACCCCAGGCUUGGCCCCCCGGGAGGAGGGGAAGGUCGGCAGAGCUACCUCGCGAGGAUGUGGGAAUUUCUAUUAGAUCAUCCAUGGUGGACAUACAUACUCCGGUUAGGGGAAGAGAAGGAUCCACCGGCAGUGGUACCGGAGCCGGGCCGGGUUCCUUUCCGGUGGUUGGUUCGGGUUUGGCCAUGAGAAACACAUCGGGAUUAGUAUGGGGAAGAAAGAAUGGGGGAGACUGA